AACGCCACCCAAACCGCCGCACUCAGCCUCAUCUCCGACGAGAAACCAAGCAACACCAAACAUGGCUUACCCGUCCGUCUCUCCACCCACCGGCGCUGGCGCCGACGCGGCCUCGGGCUGCAGGGCUUCCAAGCUCAGCUGCCUCUGCUCGCCGACCAACCACCCGGGCUCCUUCCGGUGCAGCCGCCACCGGACGCCCCGCGCGCGGCCACUGCCGUCAUCCGUCUUCGUCCGCGCCUCGCAGAAGCAGGCCGCGGUGCCGGGGAUGAUGAAGAGCGGCGGCGGCGGCGUCGCGGGAAGCAUCAGGGCGACGAGCAAUUGUCGGCCCGUCUUGCGCUCGCACCUGCAGCGGCUGCUGGCCAGCCCGCCACCGUCGUCCGGCGGCCGCUGCCGCGAGUUUAAGCCCCGCCUGUCCAGGCUGGGCCGCCUCGCCGCCGCCAGCUCGUGACGCCGGCACCGGCCGGUUCCGCUGCCUCGCCCGUAGCUGAUCACGGUGGUGGACAGUGCGCCUCUAUUUUGCGCGCACGCACGCAUGCACUGAUCACUGAUGCGCCGGCCAUGGCACUCGCAGCUAGCUAGGACUGGGUACUACUCUCGAUCAAAUGUUUUGUUAGUACUAUCGAUGAUAUGAGCACUACUGGUGUACCGAUUCUGAACAUGCUUCUUGUGAAUUUUACCCCAAGAUGAAUGAAACAGCCUAAUUUGUGCUAA